AUGGGUGCAGCUUGCUCAAGUUCGCUGAAACAAAUCAAGCAUAAAAAUGCAUCUCCCUCUUCAACAAGGUAAAUAAACUCAUAGUCUGAAGCAAGAUAUUUACACCAAUUAAACAGCCUAUCCAUGAUAAGGAAAGGCCCUUUUUAUGGUUGAUUUUUCUAGAAUCCUUGAUAAAAGAGGCUUCUGAAGGAGAUCUGGACCACCUCUGCAUAUAUCCAAACCUUCCAUCCUUACUAGCAAUUUUGAUGCACGUAUUCCUUCCAGAAUGGACAAAUAAGAAGGACCGUAGCAUUAGGAGAAGGGAGACUCGAUCUGGGAAAUGAUAUUCUCCUCAGCGAGCAAAUGUUUUUUGGAAUGUCACGCAAUGCUGCCGGAGAAUGUUGCGUGCCAACCCACAAAAACGUUUGCAAAAGAAACCAGAGGGAGGACGGUAGGCAGAGUCCGAAAUUCAGUAAGCAAGUAACUGUUUAAGAACGUUUCUUGAUCAUAAAUUAAAUUUGAUUAUGCAGGGCAUCAAAUGAUUCUGGCAGCAAAACGAACGCAAUGUCGAUCUUGUCACCUGGCUCUGUCAUAUUUGACCCUACAUCCUCAGAAUCCAGGGCUUCGUCAGCAGCCACAAGGAGUACUUUGCACCAGUCUCCUGAGCUUUUAGCACGAUAUAAAAGAGUCAUGAGUGGAGACUUGGAACAAAGUUUGACUGCUAGGGCCAAGAUUAUUCGCAUCUUUACCAGUUCUACAUUUACAGGUUAUUACUGUUGUCAUAAAGUACAAUAUUUCAUCAUCGUAGUCGUUACCAUUGCCAUUGCUAUUAUAUUUUCGUGAUCAACUAAUUGAAUGGUAUCAUUACCACUAUUGAUACUGUCGUUGUCGCUGUUUUUUUGCAGUGUGAUACGACCUCUUUUUGGCUCUUAGCAGUUAUAAGCAUUUCAACUAAACCACGAGGAUCGCAGUAUAGAUUUUUUCUUUAACCAAUUAGUGAAAUUAUGGUAGUUUGCAUUAAAAAACGUUGAUUGGUUGGCGCAGUAGAGAGAUUAGUCGUGCUUUAGGGCUCAGAUCAACCGUUCCAGGCUCAAACCCAAUCCUAACGGAAAUAAUGUGAGAGACCUGUGGUAUACGAACUUCCCAUAUCCUUAUGAGGACGAGUUAUAAUGGUUAUACGAAGAGUUUCCCUGAUAUAUUUAGAACAAUUUUUUCCAAUGCUUCUGUCUUUGAUUAGACAUGGCGGCUGAAAGGAACGCCCUGAUGGAGAGAAUCUAUCCAAAAUUAAAGGAGUUUGCUCAGGAGAAGGGUUACGAGUUUCAGGUUUGUCAAAUUUAAGCGCUCGACCAAGAGCUAUUAGAAUCUUGGAGGAGACAGCUACUGCUUCUAUACUCAGGCUUCAACAAAUGCUAAUAAUAACCUCUAUUGUCUUCAGGUCGUUGAUAUGCGUUGGGGUGUCCGUGACGAGUCCACUGAUGAUCACUCCACACUGGAACUGUGCUUAAAGGAACUUAAGGCCUGUCAGGACCUUUCAACUGGACCUAAUUUUAUGGUAAAUAUAACUACAAUCCAUUAUGUGCCUAUACGUGAAGUCUCCAGUGUUGUUUCGGAACACUGAGACGGCGCCAUACUGAGCGAAAUGGUUCUAUCGUGAUUGUAUAGAAAUUGGCAUGGCACACACCAAACGCUCGGUCUGUGCCUAUGUGCUAACGACUACAUCUUACAAUAGAAUCUUACCAACAAAUCGUACUGAACUGACUGACAAACUCCUUGCUAAUUUCCCGUUUUCUUAACAUUAGGCAUUUCUAGGCCAAAAGUACGGUUUCCGCCCGAUUCCAUCCAAAAUACCUUUAAAAGAAUUUGAAGAGCUCCUCAGUCAAAUGAAAGACAAAGAGGAGAAAGCACUGCUGGAAAAGUGGUUUAAAUGUGACAUGAACGCAGUACCACCGAUGUACGUUCUGCAGCCAAUCAGCUAUCACAUUCCUAAUAGCCUCUGUCACGAUGCUGAUCAGAGGAAAGUCGCUUUGCAGAAUUGGAGUCAGGUUUUUUCUCAGAUUCAGGACAUUCUCAGACGAGAAGCAAAAACGUUGCAUGGAGCUGCAAGUAUUGGCGAAUUGCACAAGUAUUUCAUGUCGGGUAAGAUUUAUGGUCAAGUGGACGAUAAACGGAGAUUAUCCGCAAAUUCGACAUUUUUAAAGGGAAUACUUCAAAUUGAAAAGGGUUUGAAGGAGCAGAAGUCAUGAUCUUUGUUUAGGUAAUUUAGAUAAGAAAUAAUGACGCGGUGGAAAUGUGGGACUAGAGGAGAGGAAUGUGUGUUUCUACAAUGUGGAAAUGGCAAAAUUCAAUAAGUUUCGCCCGAGGCUCUAUCAAUAAAAAUUAAAUGUUAAAAAAUUAAAAUUCUGUCUUUUCGGAAGUGAGCUUGUUAUUGGCCUUUUUUUGAUUACUUUCUCUGCGAUGGCAACCUUUUAAAAGAAUAGUUUCGUUCGAGCCACUCCGAGAUUGAUCUCAUUUAAGGCUAUUUAACUACUUUUAACGUCCCUUCAUUUCACAAAAUUCCUGACUGCUUUACGUGGAAUGAAGGCUCCGGAUUUGUUUACAGUUAAAACGGCUUUUUGCAUUGGCCAUAAGAUGAAGAAUUUGCAUCUCAGUCAAGAGGAUUAUACACAAAGGAAUCACGAAUGAGGAUGAUAUCUCGAUGGUAAGGAGUGUGUCUUACUUAAAGCCCCCAUUUUAUUUGUAGUGACCGAAAGCGAGAUUCGAAGUGGUGUUCUACGCGGGCCAAACCCGAAUGAAAAUUGCUUGUGGAUAAAUAGAAAUAUCCAGGACCUCGAGUAUAACUUGCAGAGUGAAAAUGCCCAUCACUUCAUUGACAUCAAGUAUGAUACAAAGGAGAUCGACACUGAUGCGCAGGAAAUGUUACAGGUAAACAGUUUGCGCAUCGGCUGACCUUUUAAGAGCCUUUUAAUAACAACAGAGUAGAGGAGACCCAAAAUCGAUCAUUUAUAUCCCUUUCCCCAAAGUGAUGAAAUUGUUCCUUCUGCUUUUAACGUUAACAUAUGCAAGCAAAGAGGUGAUGAGAGUACUGGAGCGUGUUAUUCCAAUUUAUACCAGAUUCUAUUAACUAUCGUGGAAGGGAAACAUGACACCAAGAGGGGAGCAUCAAGGAAAAGUCCUCUAACACACAUUGCGUUUUAUACGAGUUUGAUAGCUUGUAUAUCAUGGACCUGUUUUGUCGAAAAGUCUUGACGCCAUCCUUUGAAUUCGUUUGCAGCAUCUUAAGGACGUUGUGACAUUAGCCGUACCUGCCUUAAACAUCAUGAGAUUUGAAGUUGACUGGAACUCUGAAGGGAUUUCUCCCUCCACUAUACCCGAGCACGAAGAAUAUAUAAACAACUUGUGUAGAGAAGUGGAAUAUUUGAUGAAAGAAAAGAUCAUUCACUCCAUAAACAAGAGAAUCAGAGAGGAUGUUAGUGAUCCGACGUACGAGGAAGUUGUGCAACAUUUAAAGUUUUGCCAGACCAAGUACGAGACGUUUUACGGACGGAAAGAAAUCCUAGAUCGAUGCAAAGCUUAUCUCCAGGUAAACAUUUUACAUAAUUGCAUUGGCGCUACAUUACAUCUAAUCCUUUCACUGUAUUCAACAAUAAUUUUGCGGAAACAAAAGUACAGAGAAAUUCAACAAUCAGCAUUCUUAAAAUUGGGUACCAGGUCUUUACAAUAUAUACUUUUUAGGAUGAUAGAUGUGACCCGCUCGUGAUUCACGGUCAGUCAGGGUGUGGCAAGACCUCAGUGGUUUCUAUGGCAGCCAAAGAAGUCUGGAAUUGUUUCAGCCAAUCGAACAUUGUCAUUCGAUACAUUGGAACAACGCCAAAUUCUUCUCAAGUUCGUCUUCUGCUUUACAGUGUCUGCCAACAAAUUUGCUUUAUCUACGGCCGAGACCCUACCAAAAUCAGACAGGUGUGUAUAUUUAAUUUGGAAAGGCGCGCUUUUUUUUGGAUUGACGUGUUUCAAAUUUGAUCGCGCCCCAUAUUGCUUAUAAAGACCUUUUUGUUAAUUCUUCUGAGUCUUGACUAGCGUGCGAAAACAACAUUAUACUCAAACAAGAGAAUAUAAUCUCGUGACUCAAAAGAUUGGUUACCAAGAUAUCAAGAUUGCAGUUAAAAGAUGAAUGUACGGAUAACGAUUCACUGCGAUAUGGAUUAUCGAAUUAAAGUUCUUUCCCAUUUUUUUCACAGGACAUGAAAGAGCUGCAGGAAGAUUUCAUAACCUGCCUUAGCUUUGCCAACUCGGACGAACCGCUUUUCGUUUUCCUUGAUUCUUUGGAUCAGUUUGGACCAGAAGAUAACGCAAGACAACUGACUUGGUUACCUACAGUUCUCCCAGGCCACGUUAAACUCGUUGUGUCUACUUUACCUGACGGCCAAUACGAGUGCUUUCCAAUUUUAGAGGUUUGUCAUUUCUAACUGAUCAUGUGAAACGAAAGGUAUCACGAACAUUCUUACUUCAGUGGUUUCUACGAUCAAUUGGGCCCAAAGUGAAGUCUUCAAAGUUAAACUCUGCUUAAUUGCUACUAUAUCUAAAGCAAGGAGAAGCACGCUCAAAAUACUGUUCUUCAUCCAGUGCUUGAGUGGUUGUAUAUCAUGCUUUUGCAUCACAUAAGAUAUUAAUAGAAGUACUGUAGCAGUAACCUACAUCAUAGAGGUGUUUUAAAAGGAAUGCGUCAGUUGAGGGUAAGAAGGCCAAAAACUUACGGAUUAAUUACGGGCUGUACUCUGGGCAUCGAGCGCAGUUGUUUCCCAUAAGGAUCUCCCGCUUGGUAUAUAACAUAUAUGUUACCUCGUUUCAUUUCUAGUCCUUACUCAAAGAAGAGAACUUUAUAGAGGUCCCAAAGCUACCGGAAGAAGACGCAUUCCAGAUUCUCAGCAAUUGGCUUAAUGGUGGUGGCAGAAUUCUCUCUUCCAACCAGGAAGUCAUUGUUAAAGAAUCUCUUCAAAAGUGUUCUCUCCCAAUCUUUAUCAGAGUCGCGUUUGAUGAAGCCCUGAGAUGGAAGUCCUACUCCUCGCCCAGCGAGACUGUACUUCAAGACACAGUCAGAGGUAAAAAAACGUUAGUUAUGUUACUGUGUUUAAAACUGAACCUACAUCAAUCUCGGUAGAGCCACGACAAACCCACGUGUAUCAAUGGACUUCAUAACAACUUAACUGUUAGACGAAACCUAAUAUUGGUAUCAAUUAAAGGCCACAAUCUAGAUGUACUUAAAUGAUGUUUCGGUGAGUUAACACGUAUUCAGUGCAAGUCAUGAUUUUUCUAUUAUAUUGGCCGAAAUAGGCGCUGUAAAUGCUUUGUUUGAGAGGAUUGAGCUUCAGCACGGAAGAGUAUUGGUGCGGCAAGCCCUCGCUUACAUUACUGCUGCAAAGAGCGGAUUGACUGGAACUGAAAUAGAGGACUUACUAUCCUGCGAUGAUCGCGUUUUGGAUGACGUUUAUCAGUACUGGACACCACCUAUCAGACGUAUCCCUCCGUUGCUUUGGGUCCGUAUACGGAGUGAUUUAGCAGGUUACCUUGUGGACAGAGGUGCAGACGGUGCAAGUGUUAUCACUUGGUAUCACAGACAAUUUAUCGAAGCCGCAAGAGCUAGAUACUUGUCUGAAGAAGAGGAGCGGACAUUUACUCAUCAGGCUUUAGGUGAAUAUUUCUUGGGUGUGUGGGCAAACGGAAAGAGGAAGCCGUACCAGACGAGUAAAGGACAAGUCCUUGAAGCUGACCGUUUUGUUUCUCAUCAGCCGUGGACAUUUGAGGGAAACAAAGAGUCAAAGAAUUUCAAUUUUCGCAAGAUAAACGAGCUCCCCUAUCAUUUGGUGUUGUGCAACAACGUCGAAGCAUUAAAACGAGAAGUACUUUGUAACUUCACAUUCCUUCUUACCUGUUUAGAAUCAAGUUCCCUCCGGGACCUUAUGGAUGAUUUUGAUUUUGCCCUUGAGAAAAUUGUCGACGACGACAUCCAACUUGUGAAGGAAACCUUACAACUUUCCACUUUUGCUCUACUACAACAUCCAGCGCAGCUAGCCACACAGCUACUCGGACGCAUUAAAACAUCAGAAUCGAAUUAUGUAAAAGCUUUACUGGACCAGACCCGACACCCAUGGAAACCCUGUCUUUUACCCACUUCUGUGUGCUUAACAUCACCUGGUGGACCAUUAGUUCAUUCGAUGCCCGGGCAACUAAAGCCAUCAUCCGCUAUCAGUGCAAGUGCGGAUGGAAAGCUUAUAGCGAGUGCCUCUGUUGAUACAACCUGUUCGGUCUGGGAUAUUAGGUCAGGAAGAUUGAUUCGGACGUUGGAAGGAGUAGGUAAGGUCUCAAUAUUCCCUUCUUGACUUGAGUUAGAUUGAUAUGACAAAUAUAACAAAUGACAAACUUUAGCCUGCAGUGCAGGCGUCUUAUGAGAGCGAGUAAGCGUUAAGAAGCUCGCGAUCGUUUAUCUAACCCCCCAUGUCUGUUUGAAGAUAGAGGCGGUGGGGGGAAGGGGGGCGGGGAAGGCGAAAAGAUGCCUGCCCGAGGAGGCUGCUGAAAAGCAAAACACCCUCUGAUGAGUUGCGCGUCACUGCAUUCCGGAAAGUAGCAGGUAACCAAACAAAAUGAGUUAAAUAAAAAAACCGGAAGCACAGUCACAGAUAAAAAAACAAACACACGUAGAGCCGAUGAUUGAACAGGUGCGGCAGUUGUUUCAGCCGGGAAAGAAAUGGCAUCGACAAAACCUCCUCCGCAGUCACAAAUAUGAGCUGAUAUUUGCUGUAAUCUAUUUUUUCGAAACGACUAUCCUUGAUUGUAGCUGCCGUUUAUCCGUUUGACGAUUUUUCUUCCAUUUGGUCGUAUAAGAUGCUUCUAAGUAGACAAACGACAACAUUUUCUCCGUCGUAAUUUUUUUCAUACGAACCAACACCUGAAACAUAGGCUUUCCCUAAAGCUAGCUGGCAACACGGCCAGUAGAUCCUCUCCAGAAACCAGUGUAGAAAUUGUUUCUUUUUGUUCCGAUUUUAAUGCGCGAGAAAUACCAAAUUCCGAAAGACACAAUUAGGUGCUUCAUCAAAAACGGAAUCGAAACUAACAACUUUUUCAUCGACAGAGUUCGCAAUCUUUCUCUUUUUCCUCCAAGAGCGAAAUAUCCAAAUAACACAUUUGGCUUGUGAUUGACGGCUGGAGAUUAACCGCACUAAUCAGAAACUCCAUUCGUGGGCGAACGCAGUUUUGCAAAAAUAUCAAUGACCUCGGGCAGGCGUAAACUUCAUCCCCCUACCCCUACCCCUCUCUUUAUUUCUGACCGUCGGCCACCCCCUUGGUACAAAAUUCUUUCUCUCCUCAGCCUUCCGCUCUCAUUAAGAUAACAGAUGGCGGCCAUAAUUUUCGCCAAGAAAAUGCUGCGCACUUACUCGCCAAAAUUAGGCCUGCUCUGCAGGCUAGACAAACAUUUACCAUUGCAUUUCCUUGUCACCGCAACAAAGUGAUUCUAUGUUGAUGACCAAGGUCCUAGAACUCAUACUUGAGGACGGGGUAAGAGUUUGUCUUAAGAACUUCAUCCAGAUUCAUUUACCCUUUCUUCAUCAACUGGAAAUAUAUUUUACCCGAAAAUUUAAAUUAAAAUUGCAGAAACUGAAGUUAUUUUGGAUUGGGUCUACAAUAAUUUAAAGACAUUUCCGGUUUUUCGAAGAAAUGAUGAUACAAAGGCAGCAGCGUUGUAGUUUUUCUAAUCCGCAACGCCUUUCGACAAGGAUCACUAGCUUGUCAUUAUCACAUUUUAUAGUUCAUACAAGUCGUUCUUCUUUUUAUUCCUGUGGCCUUUUAGGUGAUGAUGUCUGGUUUGUGACGAUAACCCCUGAUAAAUCAACAGUUGUGACCUCAAAGCCCGGUUCCAUAUCUGCUUGGAGGCUUUCUACCGGCCAAAGGGUGUUUCUCUUAGAUAAGCUUACAGUUGUGGCGCCAAUUUGUGUUUUUAAGGGCUAUAAUACAGUUGUGUUGGUGACGAUUUUUAACCAACACAUCAAGCUAUUUGACUUGCAUACAGGCAAUCAGAUUAAAGAAAUUUAUGACGAUAUGCUACCAAAGGAAAGUGCAAUGUCAUUACCGGUUAUUUUGUGUUCUCUUGAUGAUCACAAUGUUCUCUACGCGAGCAGGGGCACAUUAUCCGCAGUUGCUUCCUCAAGAAGUUGGAUUAGAGCUGCUAAUUUGGACACCGGUAAAGUAGAGGUGAAGAUGAAGAUCGGUCCUGGCGUUACAGUACAAUUUAUUGGUGUCACAGCCUUUGACACGUUACUUUUAGUGAUGUGUGAAGGAGAACCGGAUUCGAGGAAGGGAUCCGCCGUUCAGACCAAAUUUUUCAUUUUGGAACUUUGGAAUGUUUCGAAGAAGGUUUUAAUUCGUAAGCUUGUAGACCUGUCAGAGAAGGUACGAUGCUAUGCAUUAUCGUCCGACAAAUCAAAAGCUUUGACAUUGGGAAACUCAAGGUUUUUACCAAAUGCUAACGUUUUCCGGGCUGAAUUAAAAGUGUUUGACUUGGAAUCUGGCGACAUUACCGCACAGAUGUUGACUUACCCAAGCACUAUUCACCUAGUGGAGUUUGUUGAUUUUAAUCACGUCGUUACGGCAUCUCGGGACAAGAUCGUUCGACUGUGGGAUUUAGAAAGGAACGUUUCAUCACCGGAAGACGAGAAUGAUGAGGAGGGCGAAGUAGAAGUCGUCAGUGUCUUUGGGUACCAAGCGAUCUGUUGGGAGAAAAAUGGAGUACGUCUGAUAGACUUUCAAGAAGGAAAUUUUAUCCAGUUUAUAAACGGAAUACAACCUCAAGUGGUUUGUGUUAGCGACAGUGAAGUCAUUCUGGUGUCAUCUGGAAAGAUGUACUUAUUUGACAUGAAUGAGAGACAAUUUAUCCAUCAAUUUGAUGGGGAUACCUGUCAAGGAGGACUACCAAACAGCUGUUUUGUUUACAAACAGGCUCAGGUGAUUGCCAUAUCUGACGAUCAGCGGUCUCUAUGUGUGUUCGACAUCAGUGACGGCAAGAGAAUAGAUCAGCUGGAAUGUGAACAUAUUAGAAGGUCAGUGGAAACGAUAACUUAGGAUUAUUUCUUGCUCUUUUACAGCGUUAAAUUUUUUUACCUUUACCAAGGUACCCAGUCACCUCACCACCAGGAAGACUCGUCAUCAGCGAGCUCGCCACAAAGUAUAAUCGAUCUCGUCACCAUCGACCUCGCCAACAAGGCAUGUUACCUCGCCACCAAGUGUUAUGGGGUUAAAAGUUAACAGGAUCGCCUUUUGAGUUUUCAAACACUCUUUUUGUCGGCAAAAAAUGCAUGCGAUCGAUGACAGUUCUUUUCGAUCGUGUCAUCCGUUCGUUCGAUUAAAAAGUUGCAGUAACUUUCGUUGAAUUUCUUUUGAUGAACGUUCCAAAUAUUUACAGGUUAGACUUCGUUCGAUAUUCCGUUUGAUAUCUUCUUUGAUCAGAUCAAAUUGGUGGCUUUCGAUCAUUGCGCGCAUUUGACGCCUUCCCCCAUCUUGAUAAAACUAUUAGGCCUUCAGCAUGGCUCUACAGUAUUGCCCAUGGCAUUGUUAUGGCGAUGCUCGCGAGACUCAAGCUCAAACUUAGGAGUCGCCAAAAGCUUUGGAUUUAGACCAAAUUAGCUAACGACCUUGGUGGCGAGUUUACUGGUGGCGACUAGAUGGUGGCGACCCAGCUGUUAGCGAGUCUUCGUGGUGGCGAGUUGAUUGUAAACCGAUACAAAUAUGAAACAGAUUCCUCGUGAAUCGACCGGUCUCUUGACAUUUCAUUUUUUAGUACCGAAUGACAGCCUUAAAUAUAACAUUAAAAUAUAUGAAUCUUAAAAAUUUAUUGUUGUCUUUAUGUUAAGACUUGUCCAUUCCCAAGAUGGCGAAAUCUGUGUUUCUGGGCACAGCGUCGUAAAUGAUGAUGAGGCUAGGUCGUGGUAUAGCUACUCUGUGUGGGAUAUGAAUGAGAAGACGUGUAUCCAAAGAAUUACCCUGGAAGAAUCACAGGCAGAUUUCAGUGGUGAGUCUGAGUGAUUUCAAGUGUCAAAUAGUCAACCAAUGAUGGCCUGGGUGACUUCAAUUAUUUCUGUUUUGUCCUUAAACGCUCCUUAAAAGACUGAUAAUAAAAACACGAGUAGCGAAUAAGUAUUAGAACAAGGCGAUACUAAAUUCAAGCAAGCAUUAACCAAGCGUUUAUGUAUGUGUACAUAGGACUAAGAAAAUCUCCACAAUUAGUCAAUGAGUUCAAUGGCCUAAAAGGUUGCGUUCAAUGGGUACAUAUUACAUUAAAACAUCGGUGUAUUCCCCCAAAUGUUAUACUCCAUAUAAGAUUGGUCAUUCCAAGUUUUUUAGCUUAUCGCGUCAAAAUUAGAUCUCUAUAUGAGUAGUGGCACAUUCAGAGGGAGUAGUGAUCAAUUGCAGUACCCUGCGAACACCAUUGAUUUCAACAAGUAAUUGAUAAUAUCGUGCGCUUUACUGCUCAUAUGGACAACAUUUUAAUGAUUUCCUUCUUUUGUAGAAAUGCAAUUGGCUGCAGAUGGGAAUCUCCUUUCAGAUAUAGUCUACAAUCUUGCUACCCAGCUCUACAGUGCAGUUGUGUAUGAAGUGCAUACAGGAAGGCUCCUGUUUAAAUCAAAAACGGAACACCAUGUUCAUUCAUUUGCCAUAAUCGCGGAAACCAGAACCUUGAUUUUGGGUUUGUUUGAUGGCACAAUGGAGCUCUAUGACGUAGGAAAAGGAACGUGUGUUCAAAGGCUUAAGCAUGCGCACCUCGGUGCUAUUCAUCGGAUUUACACAACCAACAAUGGCUCUGUUGCGAUGACAACUGCAGGAGGAUUAGAUUCGAAAGAUCGGUCGAUUCGUUUCUGGAGACUGUGUAAAAGUAAACUCACGCUGUUUACUGUGUUCACACCAGAUGCAAAAGUGUCAUCAAUGAACCUUUCUGGCGAUGGCCAGCUUGUAGCUUUAGAAGUAACCGAAGUAGUUCCUUUUGUUCUUGUCAGAGGAACACAGCGAGAAGUAAAUCGAUUCAGCGACCUUGACCGAUUCACUUGUAAUUAUAUUGUAGAUUUAGCGGACUUGAAGGUCCUUCAUACAUAAUUUAGCACCUGUUCGUCAGGCCUUGUGCAAAAUAUUCAUUUGAAUUUGAUAGAAAGUGCAUGCUUAUUAAAAAUAUGAAGACUCUAAAGCAUUAUUCAAAGAUGUUUUAUUGAUGAUUUGUAGACGUGAAAAGUUAGUGAGCCAUACCCUUCCGCAUUAAAGUGACGAAAAGCAUGAAUAAAAAUUAUUUGUGUCUCAGGUCUUCAAAGGGUCUGCAGACAUUUACUCUAAAUUAUUUAGUGGGGAACUAAUAAAUCAAGAAAAUUAAGCAGAGAGAGCG